AUGCGCCAGGGCCUCCAAUUCACCAACCAGAGUAUAACAAAAGAAGCUGAACCCAGAAUAGAGAAAAGGGUCCCUGAAAUUACGCAUGCCAGGACCAACGCAUGCUCCGCUUCCAUUUCUUCGCUUUUCACUGUCACCAUAAAACCCAAUUUUACUAAGACACCGAGUCAAGUUGAGGCCGGAUUAGUUCUGAAAACCCUAUACUUACAGAAAGAAGUGAAAUGUGAAGGUGUAAAGAACUUAAAAGGAGAGCGAGGAGAGCAGAAAGAAUGGGGAAGACAGAGCAAAGUAAUUUUGUCAAAUCCUAACUUGUAUCUAUAUUUCGACCUCCCCCACCGAUUGGCGGAGCGAAAAAUCAGAGAAACCCUCCAAUCGCCGCUCUCCUUGUUGAAUCUCACCGUCGGGAUAGUGAAUUCGGGCCCCGACAUCGAGAUUUCGAUGGUUGCCAAGGACACGUUGAAAAUCGACAGGAAGCCCUGGCGGGAGGUCGAGUUAGCCAAAACAACGACAGCAAACGGGUGUUGCAGCAAAGGGAAAUGGGAAAAUUAUGGUGCUUCUCUGUGUGUUGACGUAGGGUCCCACAUGACGGCCGUGAAUAAACUGAAGGCGGCCCAUUCUGAGAGCGACCCGAGGAUUUCGUUGUUGAAGGAUGUGAUGGUUUUGCAGUUUAUGAUGGAGUUGCAGGGGUUGAAGAUGGUGGAGGACGAGGAUACUCCGACUAUUUUGCAUUUUAAUCGGAGGCUAAAAGGAAAUUGA